ACAAAUCCGCAGCGCACCCUACGUCGAACAAAUCCGCGGCCGGAACAAAUCCGCUGCUACACCGUAUCAAGUCAUGAGGCAAGUAGGCCGGAAUAACUACGAGAUUCAAAAGGUGGGAGGAGAAAAGAGAAAGAGAAAACGUGUUCACAGUAACAGACUGAAGGUGUUCUACAGAACAGCUCGAGAAGUGGAAUUACCAGCAGAUCAGGAGACCGAGGAACAUGAGCAGCAAGGCAGCAAUCCAGGAGAAUGGGUCAAUCAAGAACCAGAUGUCAUUCACAUCUUGGUAGAAGAUAUAGCAGCAGAUACCACAGGAUUGUUAGAGGCAGAGGAGGUAGUUGCAGUAGCAGAAGAACCACCAGGACCUGCUAGACCACAUAGACAGAUCAUAUGGUGCACUUCAAAAGAGGCUGUAGAGUCAAAGAGGUAUCAAAGUAAAAACUAAAAUCAAAGUAUACAAGGCAGUCAUUCUUACAACUCUUUUAUAUGGGUCACAAUCAUGGACUCUUGACAGGAGAAACAUUAAAGAACUUGAAAAAUUCCAUCUUCGUAGUCUGCGUCGUAUCUUGAGAAUUCAUUGGAGUGAAAGAAUGUCAAAUAGUGAGGUUCUGGAACGAUCUGGUAUGACA